AUGAGCUUGAAAUUGUUGUUCAACAUCGAUUCCAACAAUCAGCCAAAUUUCGAUCAAGAUUUGAUUCGGGAAAUCGGUCGACAAAUCGGAGACAGACCGGUGGCCGUUGUCUCAACGGUGGGCGGCUUUCGAGAAGGAAAAUCCUUUUUCGACAAUAUCUUGCUGAAAGGCCUUCAGAAUGGGGGAAAUGUUGAAUUUGAGCCGAAUGAUGUCAUUGGGGGUCCGAACGGGGUCGCAUUUAAACGCGGAAUUCAACGGCACACUGUUGGCAUUCAAAUAUGGGAUAAAGUUUUCUACCGAACAAAUUCGCGAGGCAUCGAGAUAGCGGUGCUGUUAAUAGACACACAGGGAACUUUCGACACGGAGAGUCAUAUGAAAAACUCGGCAAUCAUCUUCAUGAUAACGCUGAUGAUUUCUUCAAACUUAGUAUUCAAUAAGAUGAAACUCUUGAACGCGCACGACCUCGCCGAUUUGAACGUCUUCAUCGAAAUGAGUCGAAAUGGCGGCGAGCCGAUGGGACAGAGUCUGCUCUUUUUGAUGCGUGACUGGCAAGGCGACGGUGACGGUGGGAUGUGGCCGGAGUAUUUGAAGGAAAUUAGAAGCUCGUCAGCGAAAGCAGCUGAUUUGAAGGGAAUGCUAGAGGGGAUUUUUGGCGCUUUUCAUAAGGUUGAAUGCUGGACCGUGUUCCCUCCAAAUGCGGCGGUGAGAAAGGCGGAUGGUUCAAUCAAAGCAGGAGAUUGUGACGCUGAGUUUUUGAGAAAUUUGUGCUCUUGUGCAAAUCAUAUAUUGCGAAAUCUGGAGCCAAAGAAAGUCUUGGGCACUGCGCUGGAUGGAGCAACGUUGGAAACCUAUAUUCUAGAAGUCGUCAAGCAUGUGCGUGAAAACAGCGCAAUUUGUAUGAACAAUGCUCUGGAGGCCACUUCUCGGCUGUGCUUUCAGGAGGCAAAAAACAAAGCAAUACAGCAUUUCGAUACGGACAUUGCAACGAUAAAGAAACAAGCUGACGAAAAAGGGAUCGACGAGAGUUCUUUAGUCACGAGGCUUUCCCAAAUCAAGACGAUCGCUUUGAAGGUGUACGAUAAGCGCCCACUUUUUGGUAGUAUCCCCGAGAAGACGAGACGCCGCUCGGAGCUCGAAACGGAACUAAAAGCAAAGUGUGAUGCGUUGAUUGCUUGGAAUGGAGAUCGCGUUCGGCUACAAAUCGAACGCGAACAGCAACAACGAAAAGUCGAGGCAAUGCGUAUCGAGAAUGAGCAACAACAACGGAAAGCGGAAGCUGAAAGACAGCAAAGAUUGAGAGAAGGACAGCUGCGCGAGCAGGCGGAACGAGCGCAGCAAGAGGAGCGACAACGGAGAGAGAAAGCUGAAAGAGAACGGGUGGAAGAGCAACGGCUUCGCGAGCAAGCGGAGAGAGCCCGCCUCGAGGAUCAACAACGAAGAGACCGAGAGCGACAGGAGGAGCAACGGAGAGAACAAGAGAAUCAAAGGCGUUUGGAGGAACAGAUGAUGGCUCUUCAAAUUCAGGCUCUGCAAUCGCGUCAGCUAGGUGGUAUGCAAGUCCCUUGGGAAAGAGCCGGACACUCCUCUCCAACGAACAACUACUUUUAUGGGAACGCUGGAAUGGGAGGAAUGGGAAGCAGUGGCAAUGUGGGACAAGGCCAUUCGUGCAAUUGUCGAACGGGUUGUCGCCACGGGAACUGUGGGUGUCGACGGAGGGGAGUAGAGUGUAACGCGGGCUGUGGCUGUGGCAGCGAUUGUGUCAAU